AUUUUUGGAAAUAUGAGUAUGAAUAUAAUGAAUAAUUUUUAUGGAGGUGAUAAAAAUAUUUGUUGUGAUAAAUGUGAUGAUUCUUGUCAAGAAUUUUGUGAAUUAUUAAUUGUUCACAAUACUUUAGGAAAUGAAUUAACUUCAGAGCAAAAAGGUAGUGAAAAAGUGAAAAUUGAUGAAAAAGAACAAGGGAGUUUUGAAAAGGCUGUAAAUAUUAUACUUGAUCCAACAACAAAUUAUGAAUUUAUUAAUAUUUUUAAACAAGAUCCAAAAAUGGCAAAAUAUAUUAUGCAAUUACAUAAACUUCAUCAAAUAAGAAAAGAGGAGGAGGAGAAAGAAGAAAUCGAAAAAGAAUUGUAUUAUAAAUUAUCUUAUGAAUUAGAUGAUUUUUGG